AUGUAUAAAGAAAGAGGUCUCAACCUCACUAAUGUCUUAGUGUCUGAGGAGGGUCUAACCGUGACCUAUUCAGACGGACAUCCCUCUCGUUGGCCAAGUAAGAUAACUCCAGUUCCCGAUCCAGAAACCGGCGAUGUCAUAUAUUAUCGACCUAUUUCCCAAAAUGAACAAAAGACUGAAUUAUAUCUGAGUAAAGUUGGUCAAGCUCUCGCUAAAGCUUUAAAAGAAACCCAAGAUAUAGAAGUUCCAAAAUCCGUCUUAACCUCUCUACCUCAUGGGUAUGCAUUAUUUGAGCAUAUUAAAAUCUAUGCGCAUAAGGAAGAGCCAAGAAAGGAUACAUACUUGUUCGGGAGUAGUAUUUCAAGGUUUCGUUCUCCUCAUGAAUUCGAAGAACACCUAUUAUGGAUGGCAUCUGAUAAGGCAAAUCGGUGCAUAUGCAAAUAUUGUAGUCCUUUCGGAUAUGAACCAUCACCACGGAAACAAAAAAAUAUCAACACAAAUUCAAUCAACACAAGUUCAAUCAACUCUUAUAGAAAUGCUAAAUCUGGAUCGGGUGGAAAAUCUCUUGCUUCUAGGAUCGUCACUGUUUCUGAGGGGUAUAGCUCUUCUUACGUGACUCGGGGAAUUACACUCGAAUCAGAAACGAAAAAUGCUUCUAGUUCUGGUUCAUUGGGAAGCGUAGAUAAUAACAGCAUCGACAAUAGGUUCAGACGUGGUGAGGUGGUAUGGGUUAACAUUGAGUCUGCCUUAAAUUUAGUUCAGCAGCGACAAUUAGUUAUCCAAGUUGGAGAUGACCGUAUAAAGUAUUGGCCAGCCGCUGUGGUGGAUCGCAAGAAGGCACCAUAUGUAAGUGAUCCUUCGGUACGGAUUCCGCAAGAGUCGAUAACUCUAUAUCACCUGCAGGUGUUGUUAAUUGGUGAUGUCAUGGACUUGCGACAAAAAGCUAUUCUACCGUGGCAUAUACUUGAUCCUGAUGAAAUUAUUCACGAUUUUGAGAAAGUAAAGUAUACCGCACGGGAUGAAUUAGUAGUCAAGUUUGUUAAAGCAGUAACUAACGCAAUACGAGUAGUGACAACUUACACACCAUUGAUGGAGUAUAGACUUCCACCUUCCUUCGUAAACUCUGCUGCAGAUGAGAGGCAAAGGAGUUAUUAUCGACGAUUGCAAUCUUUUCUCCAUUACAAAACAAUGUUUUUAGGUCCCGAAUCAUUGAAAAUCAACGAUCUUAUCCGUAUCAAACGUCCUGACGAAAAAGAUCCCAGGGUAAGGGAGAAACAACCUGUUUUUCGACUUAAAAGAAUCUACGCCGACGAGAACGAAUGUCUAAAAAUGAUCGGUGACAUAUAUAUAAAAAUGCCUAAAGAUGAUGGCGGUGUGAAGCUAGUCAAGAUGAAUCCGGAUUAUGAUAUUGAUAUUGCACAGAUAGCCGGUCGAUGUUACACACUUUACCCCGCCGUCAAGUGUAACACUAGAGUCAAAGAACAGAUGGGGUUAAACCAAAGAAUAUCGAUUCUGAAAAAAGGACAUUCACCUUCAUUAGAAGUCCAGCAAGGGCAAACAGAUGAACAUGUGCUCCCAAUUAGCGAUAACUCAAUUCCGCAAAGGCAAACAGAUGAACUUGUGCACUCAUUUAGUGAUAACUCAAUUCCGCAAAGGCAAACAAAUGAACUUGUGCAUCCAUUUAGUGAUAAUUCAAUUCCGCAAACAGAUGAACACAUGCCCCAACUUAGCAAUAAUUCAAGUUCGCAAAGGCAAAGCCAACAAGAAAACACGGAUAAUUAUGAUUGUUAUGAUCAUUACGAUCUAAUGGACACUACACCUAUCUUUAUUAAAAAGGAGGAGAUAGAAGAUGUGAAAAUCAUUACGUCUUUGGUCACGGUCAAGGAAGAGAAUACUGAUGACAUGAUGGAUUUAAAAUAA